ACCGCCGAUUUUUGAAAGUAACGACUGUUUCAGUGGCAAGACGUAAAACGAAAAGACGGAUUUAACGGCCGCAUUUUAAAACUUAUUGUCUGACAUCUGAACAUUAUGGCGUCCAUUACUGAUCCAAACGUGAGUGUGAGGUUCACCAGUGCAAUGGAAGAGAUCCACAACAAACAGCUUAAAACAUAUGGGGAGAUAAUGGACACAACUACGGAGUUGUGCCAGUCCCAUAGACAGUUUGUGAAGACAGCACAUGAUACAUGUUUAAAGAAAUCUAAGGAUGAUGAGAUUCUGUUUGAGACAAUACAAACAUUCAAAAGAGAUUUGGAAGAAAAAAAUGCAUCAUUGAAAGAGAAACAGCAUGCCAUUUCUGAAGUGAUAUCUGAGAUUCAGCAGAAGGAGAUGCAGAAAGAUGACAUUAUUCAGAAGAUAGAGAAACUUAAAGAAGAACAAGCCAAGAGAAAAGAGUUAAUCGUGUCUCAAAAUAAAGCAAACAAAGACAGACUGAGGAAUCUCCAGAAAGCCAGACUAAUCUUUCAAGAUCAUUUGGGGAUGGAGAUACGAACAAUCCUUGGCAAAACACAACCGGUUAAAGGUGAAAAGUUGCAGUUUGUUUUCCGGAAUAUCAACCCUUCAGAUCAGGACAGCGCCUACGUUGUGACAAUGGGGAUUAAAGAAGACGGAUCUUACCAGAUUGUGUCUAGUGACCCUGCACUUGAGUGUUUGCCAGUCUUGGAAAGCCGGCUUCAGGAGACCAAUAACUUACCAGCAUUCCUGGCAAAUGUCAGGAAGGAGUUUAUCUCUCAGGCUCGCUGCUAAGGUUGGAAGGAUGGAAAGACAAGGAAUCAUGCAGGGAAGUUCUUGUUGCAAUGUGGACUAAUAUAAGCAAGAGGACCCUAUGUUCCAGAAUCUGUUCAUAUUCCCCUUGAUUAACUAAAAUGUAAAGCAGCACAGUUUUAAUCUAUAUCCACAGCCCUGUAACUAACACAUUAUCUGCUUUGUCAAGACUAAUAUGUAUAUAUGGAUUUACAAUACACCUUUGUGGGCAGCAAUUAUCGCACAAUAUAAAUAAAUUUGGACAUCUAACUGCAUAAGUA